AUGUCCGAUCUCAUUCGCGAAGCUCCAUUCGGACAAGUGGUCCGGUGGGUAACCAAGAACAAAUUCCUUCAAUAUCCAGAAGAGAAACCAGACUUCCAGUGUCCCCACUCCUACAACUGCAAUAACGGCGACGAGAAGCACCAUCUGCAUCAACACCAAAGCCACCGAAGCCACAGAUCAGCUGGAGCUGUUCAGCGUGAUUCUGGCGAUGCUUCAUCGACUACCGAUGCUACUCCGUUGAGCAAUCCGGAGAAUGUGGAGUCGAGCCUCCACAAGCUGGACACCCAGAGCUCAAAUGACUCCAUCACAGCUGAGGUCGAGCGGACAGGGACGCUGGGUCUUCAGCGGACGCAAACGCUUCCAUAUACCAACGAGCGCUUGGCUAUAGAGCAUGAGCUCGCAGUCGAGAAAACGAAGUCGAGGCCAAUCGUACCAGCGGUGACGUCAGACGGAACGAUUUUGGUAGACUGGUACAAUACUGACGACCCUGCGAACCCUCAGAAUUGGUCUCCGAAGAAAAAGUUCACGGUCGCCUUCCUCAUCGACCUCUAUACCUUCGUUGUUUAUGCCGGUUCUGCCAUUUAUGUCUCCAGCGAGGGACUCAUCAUGGAGCGCUUCGGCGUCGGCAAUUUCAAAGCUUCGCUAGGUCUUGCUUUGUACGUGUUGGGCUACGGCUUGGGACCGCUGAUCUUGUCACCCAUGUCUGAGAUUCCGGCGUUUGGGCGGAAUGUGCCAUAUGUGGUUACCUUUGCCAUCUAUGUCAUCUUGUGCGUGCCUACGAGCUUAGUUGAUAACUUGGGAGGGCUGAUCUUCCUACGGUUCUUGUUAGGGUUCUUGGGGAGUCCAUGUUUAGCGAAUGGUGGUGCGAGUAUGGGGGACAUGUACUCUCUUCUCUACCUGCCAUAUUCCGUAGCAUUUUGGGUAUCAGCCGCGUUUGCUGCGCCGGCCCUCGGUCCUCUCUUAUCCGGCUACGCUGUCGUUGCUGAGAACUGGCGGUGGUCCCAAUGGGAGGUCCUCUGGAUGUCUGCGCCGGUCUUCAUCCUGUUCUUCUUCUUCCUCCCCGAGACUUCCCCAGCCAAUAUCCUCCUCCGCCGCGCGGCGCGGCUGCGCAAAUUGACCGGCAACGAGAAGAUCCGCUCUCAGACUGAAAUCGACCGGAAGGGCACGAGUUUUUUGCGCGUUCUUAGCGAGGCCAUCAUUAAGCCCAUCGAGAUCUGCAUCAAAGACCCUGCCGUUCUCUUCGUGAAUGUCUACACUGCCCUUACGUACGGCAUUUACUACUCCUUCUUCGAAGUCUUCCCGCUCGUGUACCCGCCGCUCUACGGCUUCAACAUUGGCGAGACAGGCACCGUCUUCGUGUGCAUCGUCAUCGGAUGCGUCAUCGCCAUGUCGAUCUACUUUUCCUACUUACACUUCUACCUCAUUCCAGACAUCAUGAAGAAUGGAUUGCGGGCGCAGGAGUCGCGGCUCGUACCAGCGCUAUUUGCAUGCUUUGGCCCGCCGGUGGGACUGUUCUUGUUCGGAUGGACGGCUAGGACAUCUGUCCACUGGAUCGUAAGCGUCAUCGGGAUCACAAUCUACGCAACGUCGGUGUAUAUCCUACUCCAGUGUAUCUUCGUCUACGUACCGAUGUCCUAUCCACAAUAUGCCGCUUCCCUCUUCGCCGGCAACGACUUCUGUCGCUCGCUGUUCGCGUUCGGCGCUAUUCUCUUUUCGCGCCCCAUGUUUGUGGAUCUAGGCAUUGGAAAGGGGGUUAGUCUACUGGGUGGAUUGAGUGUUAUGGGAAUCAUUGGAAUGUGGCUGCUGUACUUCUAUGGCGCAAAGUUGCGCGCGAGGUCCAAGUUUGCCAUUUGAUGUCAUGGUGUAGAGACGCCGUCUGGCGCAAGAUAUGAUUGCGACAGCAAGAGAUUUUAGGAUCUUCAAGGAAAUUGAAGCUCCGUUUACCGGAAGCUAGUGAAGGAUGUAAUGGGUAUCAAGCUUUAAAAGGCUUGCUUGGUCUAUGGACUUUGAGAUGAGACAUCGGAGUAAUGGAAAAACUGAUUGUCCAUGUUAAUAUGUUGAGUAUUCGGAAGUAUAGAAGCGCUUUUUUUCUCUUGUGUCCCAAUGGGAAGUUAGAAUUAUACAACCUACUCUCCGGAAGUCGCUUUUGGACAGGUAAAGGUCUCAUGAGUUUACCAAAAAAACGUAAAGAUGGAAUAUAAUGUAAUUAUGGCUAAACAAUAAUUGAUGGAAG